AUGAAUAUGAGGAUUGCAGUGGGUUACAGAGUAUCUGUGCUCAGGGAGGGACUUACGCCCACGCUGCGGUCGGUUAGGAUGAAUUGCUCACGCCAGUACUGGAUGCUAAUACGGUGGACAUUCUUAUUCUGCCUGAUACAUGAAGGGUACUGUCUACUUCCAGUUCCCCAAAAUGUCACCAUUAUCUCCUUUAAUAUGAAGCACAAGCUAACCUGGAGACCAGGACCUGGAACGCCAGCCUUCACACUAUUUCAGGUAGAGAGCUAUAAUCAGAGGAGGAAACGUUGGAAUUCCAUCCUUAACUGUUCAGAUUUGCAAAUUGGCGAGUCUUGUGACCUGACCAGAUCUUUCAGGGACGUGUUUAGUUAUUAUUUGGCCCGAGUGCAGGCAUUCAGCCCAGACCAGGAAUCCAACUGGACAAAUUCCAUGUUUUUUCAUCCCCUGACAGACACUACGUUGGGUCCUCCAGAGGUCUCGCUAGCUGGUUGUGGAAACUGCCUUCUGCUGAAACUCAGUGCUCCAGCAAGUUCAGAGCAACUCCUUGAACUGUACUUUUAUCAACAGUAUCAUGUAAAUGUGUCCAGAACUAGAGACAAAGCUCAGUUUUCUAUAAAAGCAUCCAACGGAGAGAAUCUAAUUAAUUACCUCGAACCAGAAGCGGAGUACUGCAUCACAGUCGUCACUGUAUCAAGCUCUCAAAACCCUGUUCUUCCUUCUGCUCCACACUGCACCUACACCAGCCCACAACCACUCAACACAGUGACAUUGUUUGUGACUGCUCUGUGUGCUGUUUUCCUUCUGAUGAUGCUUUCCUGUGCAGCUCUGAUCUACACCGGUAUGCUGGGUGAACUUUACACACCUCUACACAGAGUCAUUUGCUGGUAGGAAGGGAAUAGGCUUUCUACUGCCAAAUGACACCUGCUACCAAAGAAUCAUCUGAAUUUCAUUAACAUUUGGGUUAAAAUGUUGGAAAUGGCU